UUUAAAUACAGAGUUAGGUGCAGUACAGUAUUUAAAAUGUUUUUCAGGGCGCAAGUUAGUUAUUGUACAUCGGCAAAAGAAACUUUGCAGAAUCAACCUUGUUUUUUGCCUCUUGACUGUGAAAAGAAUUCUCUACAACAAAAUUCAUUCCUUUCCCAAAAACUGUGAGACUUGGUGUCCGCUGAAGAAUGCCGGCAUGAAGAUCUGGAAUAUGGCAAGCUAAUGAUACAAAAAAUUGGAGGCUUUUACUUUCAUCUAAGACUACAAUGGGUGAAAUGGAUCAGUUGAUACCUAAUGAUUAAUUCUUUGUCAGCAAAGUUGAUUGGAUAAUGUUAUGCUUUUUAACAUUUCAGUUUUUUGAAUCAUGGCGGCUGAGAGAGAGAAGAUUGUUCUGGAAGAGCUUGAGAAUCAAACUAUGUCUACCAACUUAAAAUACCUUUCCUUGGGCAUAUUGGUCUUCCAGACAACUAGUUUGGUGUUGACUAUGCGUUACUCUCGAACACUCAAAGAAGAAGGACCUCGCUAUUUAUCGUCAACUGCAGUGGUUAUUGCUGAGCUGCUGAAGAUUAUUGCCUGUGUUUUGUUGGUUUAUAAAGACAGCAAGUGCAAUUUACGAGCUCUGAACAGAGUGUUACAUGAUGAAAUCCUCAACAAGCCAAUGGAGACACUUAAGCUUGCCAUUCCUUCUGGGAUUUACACCCUACAAAAUAACCUGCUCUAUGUUGCCCUGUCAAAUCUAGAUGCAGCCACUUACCAGGUCACAUAUCAGUUGAAAAUUCUUACUACUGCAUUAUUUUCAGUUUCAAUGCUCAGUAAGAAAUUAGGUAUAUAUCAGUGGCUCUCCUUAGUAAUACUGAUGACUGGAGUUGCAUUUGUACAGUGGCCAACAGAUUCACAAGCAGCAGCAACUAAAGAGCUCUCAGCAGGAUCACAGUUUGUGGGCCUGAUGGCAGUAUUGAUAGCCUGCUUUUCAAGUGGAUUUGCUGGAGUGUAUUUUGAGAAAAUUUUGAAAGAAACAAAACAGUCAGUAUGGAUUAGGAACAUUCAGCUAGGAUUUUUUGGUAGCUUAUUUGGACUGAUGGGUGUAUACAUUUAUGAUGGAGAACCUGUAUCAAAGAAUGGAUUUUUUCAAGGUUAUAACAGACUCACCUGGAUAGUUGUAAUUCUUCAGGCACUUGGGGGCCUUGUUAUAGCUGCUGUUAUAAAAUAUGCAGACAACAUUUUAAAAGGAUUUGCAACCUCUUUGUCUAUUAUACUGUCGACAUUAAUCUCAUACUUCUGGCUGCAAGAUUUUGUCCCUACAAGUGUUUUCUUUCUAGGAGCCAUUCUUGUAAUAGCUGCUACAUUCCUAUAUGGGUAUGAUCCAAAGCCUACAGGAAAUCCUAUUAAAGCAUAAGACUUUUUCAUGCCAGACCAUUUUGCCAAGACUGUGCAUUAAGGACCUCAAAAAAACUCUGUGGAGGGCUAUUAAGCACUGGGAAGCACAUGUUUACACUGUAUCUGAAGUAUGACAUUAAAUAAUGGUUUAUAAGAAACAAACGGAAUAAAGACAGAAAACAAUAUGUACCUCUCAAAAAGAAGAAAGGCCUAAAGCAAAACUUGAAGGGAACACAUUGCUUCUGAUAUCUGCAAUUAGAAAUGCUUCUACCUUGAACUGUAAUGUUAAAUCAAGGUGAUCUGACUUUGACAGCUGCGGAAAAUGUCCUAUGCACUCUUCCUGCUAGAGCACAUGACAGCAUUUGUUGAAUCAAUCUGAUUUUGAAAAUUGACUGUUUCAUCUUGGUAACUAUGGUGGGGUGUUUUUUUUAAUGGACUGUUUAUAAGUAUCAAAUCAAAGAGAAAUAAGAUCUUGUUCAAUUGUGAUGUUUCUAAUCAAGUAUGCCUAUUUAAAAGCCUUCAAAGUAUAACUGAAUCAUUCUUAUUUCCAGGUUUUUAAUAUUUUAUAUAGAAUACUCAAAAAAUAAACAGAAAUCAUUGCUGUAA